CACUAGCGGCUAGCAGUGGGAGUACUGCCAGUAACGCGAUAGAGCACGUCGGAUGCAUGCACUUAUUCUGCCGGCUCGUUCUAGGUUGCACUUGCACUAUGAUCGGUAUCGGCAGAGUUCCAGAAUGCCGGGUCGAGGCCGCAGUACUUGAUAUAAGCACGAAAAUAGUACAUGUACAUUGCACGCGAGAUGCAUGGGACUUGCUGACGAUAGCUGAGGUUGGUGGAACGAUGCGAGCAUUGAGUCAGUGCUGGGCAGCGGCAAUCCUAAAGGAACACAUGAAUGCCACCUGGCAGGUACGAGUAGGGAUGGCGGUCACAAUAUCGUCUCCGAUAUAUACCUAGGUAUGCUACCUACCUUGGUAGGCAGCAGGGGG